AUGCCGGUCGAUCCUAAGAUGAAAAACCCACGAGCUCGUCAGGGCUGGAUUGAGUAUUUAACGAAGCGACAUGGUUGGGGGUUUCCUGAUGCGUUAGAAGUUCAAGGCUCUGUAUUUUUGAACAUUAUUCCUAUACUCGUUUCUAUAACUUUAUGGACAACUUUGGUCGUUGUCCUUUAUAUGGUAGUCGGCAUAUCCAGUAUUGCUGUUUCCGCUAAUUUAACCGCUUCCGUCUCUGUUGUAGUGGCGCUUCUUUUAGCUUUCCGUACAAACAACUCUUAUAAUCAAUAUAAUGAAGGUCGACGUUUAUUCAGUCAGAUGUGUACUAUUGUCAGAAAUUGUACACGCACUCUAUGGAUAAGCGUUAAAGAAGAUAAUUAUCACGAUCAUCGCGAAAAAGAAGAAUAUAUUAGAUUACUAUUGGGAUAUGUAAUUGCUGUUAAACAUCAUAUUCGAUUUGAAUUUGGAAUUCAUUGGCCUGAUUUACAAGAUCUUCUUCCUGAAGGUUUUCAAAAAACUUAUUAUGAUGGCAGUGCAGUACAAGAUGGAGCACAAGACUCUGAAAAUAAAUCUUUGCUUGACGCAUUACCGAUUCGAACAAUAUCAAGCAAAAUUCCACCAACUGUUUUUAAAAGGCAUAUUAGUCAUUAUUCAAAAGAAGAAAAGAAAAAAAUGUAUCAAGUUGAUGAAUUGAGUGAAGUAGAUGCGAGCAUGAGUUUGCCUUUGGAAAUUGUUUUUCAUUUACAUUUAUAUUUUAUACAAAUGUCUAAAGAAAAAAAAUUGGAUGGACCUAAAUUUGGUUUACUGUCGGGAAAUUUGGAUGUUUUAAUUGAUGUUUUGGGUAAUUUAGAAAGGAUUGGAAGUACACCUCUCCCAACUGCCUAUAAUGUUCAUUUGAAACAAGCUGUUAUGCUAUAUAUGCUCGCUCUUCCGUUCACCAUAGUCUCUGAUCUUGAUUGGUUUACUAUUCCUACUAUGCUUCUAAUUUCUUUUAUUUUCUUUGGUAUUUUGGCUGUUGGUACCGAAAUUGAAAAUCCAUUCGGGUACGAUGAGAACGACCUUCCAUUAGACGAAUAUUGUAAGGAUAUGGAAGCAGAAAUCAAAUAUUUGCAAAGACAUCUUCCAAGUGGCUUGAAAUCCUUAAAAGAAAAAUAG